AUGAAAGUCACUGAACAAGAUCUUCAAGAAGUUGACGAAUUAGUUACUAAACUUUCUAUUCAAGACAAAACUAGGGGUAAAGGGACUAAAAGAUCAGUUAAGAAAAAUGACUAUGUUCACCAACUCUCUGGGAUCGCGGUUUCUUCGUGGAAAAUGAAUGAAUGGGACUACAAAAAAGGUCGAACUCCCACAAAAAUUAGAGGGUUAUUUACAAGACAGGUGGAAAAUCGACAUGAGAUAAUUAUCCGUGGUUACGAUAAAUUCUUUAACGUUGGCGAAAUGCCUGAAACUACGUGGGAACAUAUUGAAAUGAAUACUGUUGGACCUUACGAGAUUACAGUCAAAGAGAAUGGAUGUAUCAUAUUCAUUGGUGGACUUCCAGGUGAUCAUAUUCUUGUUACAAGUAAACAUUCAAUGGGUGUACGAGAAGAUGCCGUAGCUCAUGCCAUUGUAGGUGAAAAAUGGCUUGAUGAACAUUUGGAAAAAGCGGGUAAAACUAAACAAGCUUUGGCAAGUUUUUUGUAUGAAAAUAGAUUAACUGCGGUAGCAGAGUUAUGCGAUGACCAGUUUGAAGAACACGUGUUACCAUAUAAUACACCAGAUCGUCGUGGAUUAUACCUUCAUGGAAUGAAUUUAAAUACGGUCAACCUCAAAACAUGGCCAAGUGAAAUGGUUGCAAAUUUCGCAAAAGAAUGGGGGUUUCUUCCAAUUCAUUAUUAUGUUAAACCAUCUAUAACCGAAGUUAAAAGCUUUAUUAAUGACAUCAGACAAGAUGGAUCAUUGGAAGACGGUAUACCAAUCGAAGGAUUCGUUGUCAGAACAAAAACUAUUUCAUCUGAACAAGAUUUUUUCUUUAAAGUUAAAUAUGAUGAACCGUAUCUUAUGUAUCGUGAAUGGAGAGAAAUUACUAAAGCACUAUUGAAUAAGAAAAACCCAAAAACCACUUAUAAAUUGAGUAGACAUUACCUUGAAUGGGUUAGGGAAAAAAUUAAAAAACAGCCAGAACUUUUCAAGGGUUAUCAACAUAAUCAUGGAAUUUUCCGCGUUAGGGAUAUGUUCUUGGAAUAUUGGAAGAAUAGAGGUGGUAUCGAAGGAAUUCCAAUAGAAGAUAAUCAACAAUACCACAAAACCUUGUUGGUUCCAAUUGGAACAAUCGGAUGUGCUAAACUGUUUUCCUUUGUGCAUAUACAAAAUGAUAACAUUGUUAUGAAGAAACCACGUCUCGAAUUUCAUAAAAUCAUUAAUGAAUCAUUCAAGACUCGCGAUGUUGUAAUUGCGGACAGAAACAAUCAUCUUAAGUACUUACGUAGAACUUUAAUAGAAGCUGUGAAAGAAAUUUGGCCAAAAGUUCGUAUUGUGGCUAUUUACUGGAAUCAUGAUCGGCCAGAUGACGAGAUUUUUCAAAUCACAUCUAAGCGUAUAGUUGCUCGGGGAGAAAAUCAUCAAUCUCUCACUCCAAGCGAUUCAGAUUAUGAGAAGGUAAUAUGGAGGUUCUUGGAAGAUUUUGAACCUUUGGAUUCAAAUAAUAAUGUGGACGACCAGUUUGAUGAUGUAAUCGAUUUAGAUAUUGCCAAUGAUAUUAAAACCAAUCUUGAGAUUGUAAUCGAUAGAUUACAAGGCAUCAUUGGAAUUGAAAAACCUGGUGAAGAUGCGAUUAAUAAUGCUAUAGAUGAAAUAAAAAAUUACAAGCCAUCAAUCCGUAAACGUCAAUCAUCUCAAUCAGCUAAUUGUGCUUACGUUGGGAUUGCUUUAGACUUUAAUAUUCGAAAUUUUCUUACAGAGUAUUUUAAAGAACAUUCGCAAAAAGAUCCUGGAAUCUUUAAGGAAUUGGUCCAAAGGGAUCGUAUUAAAUCUACAUUUCAUGUUACACUCAUUAAUCGCAAGGAAUUAAAAAAAGGAAAUAGUGAGCUUUGGAAGAAAUGUAUAGCAAUGUGUGGUCAACAAGUGAAAAUAUAUAUUAGCAAGAUAAUUGCCAAUGCUCAAAUUAUGGCUCUUGCCGUCGAUAGAUUUGAUCCAGAAAAUGUUCCUUAUUCGAAUAAAUGUCCACACGUUACAGUUGGCACAAUUAGUGAUGAUGUAAAACCCGUCCAAGCAAAUUCAUUAUGUGAAUCAGUGUUACGCGAUAAGAAUAGUGGUAAUGAAGGACAUAUAAUUACAUUGGAGAAAGGAUUGGAAUUAACUGGAACUAUCAAAGGGUUUAAUUACUAA